AAACCGAUACGUGGAUGUGACAAAUCGAUAACAAAGACAGGACUAUGGCGCCUCAUAGUUUCCUUCUUCUACCGAACCAAUUCUAGUAUACCCAAAUACAACACCAAUGGCGGCUUGUUUAGCCACUGCCACUCUUACACCCACUUCUCCAUCCAACUCCCCCCCUUUUUUUCGUGCACCUUCCAUUUCCUCCGCCCCUCCAAUUCUCCGUCGACGACUCCCCUUUCGAUUAGGCUUCGGAACAAGGUACGAUGAGAAUCCCCUGUUUCGUUUCCACUACGUUGCAAUUCCAGUGGCGAAUUGCACCAGUAGUGGCGGAGAUACGGAAUUGGACUUCACAGAGUCCAUCGAUUGCGUCGGGACUGCACAGGAUGUGGAAUGUGUGGUUUCCCCGACAGACGAAGAUCCUUCGUCUUCAAUUGGGGUCCCGUUGGAAUUAGGGAUUUCUUCCGAUUAUAGUGGUGGUGGGUCUGUGGCAGUCUUGGAGAAAGCCUGGGAGUUUGCAGUGUUGGUUUCGCCGUUUUUCUUUUGGGGUACGGCUAUGGUGGCCAUGAAAGAGGUGCUUCCAAGGUCUGGCCCUUUUUUUGUUUCCGCCUUUCGUCUUAUUCCUGCCGGUUUCCUCUUGGUUGCGUUUGCUGCUUUCCGUGGUCGUCCCUUUCCUUCUGGUUUUUCUGCUUGGAUUUCCAUCAUUCUCUUUGCUCUAGUCGACGCUACAUUCUUUCAGGGCUUUCUUGCUCAAGGCUUGCAGAGGACAUCCGCAGGGUUGGGCAGUGUAAUAAUUGAUUCUCAACCAUUAACUGUGGCAGUGCUUGCAGCCUUCUUGUUUGGUGAGUCCCUUGGUUUAAUUGGAGCCGCUGGACUUGUACUUGGUGUUUUUGGACUUUUACUUCUCGAGGUUCCAUCACUUACUUUUGAUGCUAAUAGCUUUUCAUUGUGGGGAAGUGGAGAGUGGUGGAUGUUCCUAGCUGCACAGAGCAUGGCAGUAGGUACUGUCAUGGUCCGCUGGGUUUCCAAGUAUUCUGAUCCUAUUAUGGCAACUGGAUGGCACAUGGUGAUUGGUGGUCUCCCGCUUUUGAUGAUCUGUAUCCUUAAUCAUGAUCCUGCAGUCAGUGGGAGUCUUAAGGAUUUUACAACGAAUGAUAUACUAGCACUCCUUUAUGCAUCCAUUUUUGGAAGUGCUGUUAGCUACGGUUCAUUCUUCUAUAGUGCUACAAAAGGUAGUUUGACAAAGCUUAGCUCUCUCACCUUUCUCACUCCAAUGUUUGCCUCAGUUUUUGGGUUUCUAUAUUUGGGAGAGACCUUUUCACCUAUUCAACUGGUUGGAGCCGUUGUUACUGUGGUUGCUAUAUAUGCGGUCAACUACGGCAGUAGUUUGGAAUGAGAGCAAAAAAUUUGUUGACGCUUUCAACAUUCAAAUCAAAGGUUACCAUUUUGUUGUCGAUGAUCCUAAAUUUAGAAGAAAGUUCCUUGAAAGGAUAUAUAAUUUAUGCCACAAUCUGAUAGUGUACACUUGAGCAAUGACGCAUUAGCGAUGACACGUGAUAAUAGACAUUGGCGAUGACGCAGAUAAUGAACAUCUACUUGUUGGGUAAGGAAAAAAAGCCAUCGGAAGCUGCCUGUCAGGCUAUCCCACAAGACUCGUCUUCUUAGUUUGAUUUAAAAACUAGGGGAAAGACCCCAUUGAUAUUUGUAGAAUUGUAAUUAGUACAUUAAAUGUAUUCAAAUUAUGUAAUUAUGGCAUUCGUAAUAUAAUUUUUUUUUUUUGUAA